AGAGGGAGAGAGAGAGAGAGAGAGCAUCUUGCAAACCCCCACACUGCUCGUGUGUCGUGGACAUUUUUUGGAGCCUCUGGAAAAAAAGAGGGGGGUAAAAAAAGAGGGACUCUGAUCUGACAAGAGGACGCGGAGGGAGAGUCGGGAGGAGGAAUCGCCGAGCGAUGGACACGUCUGAUGAUUGUCGGGCCACUGUACCGGCAUUUUCGUUCACACCGUGAGAUUCGGUCGAUCGUCGGCGGAGAUCUGCGCUGCCGCCGCCGCAACAACAGCCAAAAGAAGAAGAAGCCUCGUUUCGACGCGAGGUGCGAGGAUGCCUGCAGCCGUGGUGGUGUCAUUGCUGCAGCUAACCUCAGCGGAAGAGGAGACACCAAGCUGGCAAGUGCUUCACCACCCAACAUAAGCCCUACCAGCCUGUGCACGUAUGUGGGUAAGGGCCGAGCGACUGGCACUCUCCAUCUACUGCACCUGGGGUUUGGGGAGGGGGGGGGGCGGGGGGGUUUCCCAAAAACUGCCACAUCCUCAGAUCCGUCUGAGGACUGCUGUGAGCUCGCAGGCUUCCUGAUGAUUUUUGGAGGGCUGCCCCGAUGCAUCUUGUGAGUGUGAAAGCACUGAGAGCCCCCUUUGCCAGGUUUGCAUCAGCAGACAGGAGACGGAGCAGACGGUAACUCUGUGUGUGUCAUGUUAGAGGCUGAACUCCUGCCUGCUCCCUCCUGCUCUCAGCCAAAAUCUCUGCCCUGCCCUGUCUGAAGCCCGUCUCUAUGAACAUCACCGCUUUAUCGCGACACUGCAACGGGGAGACAGUGUCAAGCGGCACCAGCCAUUUGCAGACACCCCUGUUUGUGUGACUUUCCCUUUUUAAAAGGCCUGCCCCUCCCCGCCCCCCGUCCGCCCCCCCAUCACCCCAACUCUCAAAAUAAGAGACAUCGGAACGCAGGGUCAGGAUGCAGGUGUCCUUCGCCUGCACUGAGCACAACCUCAAGAGUCGCAGUGAGGACCGACUGUGUGGCCUCCGCACCGCCCCACCACCCGGAGGGAGCAGUGGAGGAGGAGGCGGCGGCGGCGGCGGUGGAGGAGGUGGCGGCAGCGGUGGAGGAGGAGGUGGUGGAGGAGGUGGAGGAGGCAGUGGACAGGGGAGCAAUGGCAACUACAACUCCCAAGGCUCAGUCAAGCCCAGGGAGAGUUCUGGGUCUCGUCAGACUCCGCAGGGCCAUGCCCACAUGAAGGAGGCCAUCGGGCGCCACACCAGCAUGAAGUACAGGAACCUGGGGAAGUCAGGCCUACGCGUUUCCUGCCUCGGGUUAGGCACCUGGGUGACGUUCGGAUCGCAGAUCUCUGAUGAGAUGGCUGAGAACCUGAUGACCAUAGCUUAUGAGAACGGAGUGAACCUAUUUGACACGGCUGAGGUGUACGCCUCUGGAAGAGCGGAAAUCACUCUGGGGAACAUUAUCAAGAAGAAAGGAUGGAGGCGUUCAAGUUUUGUCAUCACAACAAAAAUCUAUUGGGGAGGCCAAGCAGAGACAGAGAGAGGACUCUCCAGAAAGCACAUCAUUGAAGGUUUAAGAGGAUCCUUAUCAAGACUCCAGCUGGAUUAUGUGGACAUAGUUUUUGCCAACAGAAACGAUGUCAACAGUCCAAUGGAAGAGAUUGUUCGAGCCAUGACCUUUGUAAUAAACCAGGGUAUGGCCAUGUACUGGGGAACCUCACGCUGGAGUGCCAUGGAGAUCAUGGAGGCGUACUCGGUGGCACGCCAGUUCAACCUGAUCCCACCAGUGUGUGAGCAGGCGGAGUAUCACUAUUUCCAGAGGGAUAAAGUCGAGGUGCAGCUUCCUGAGCUCUACCACAAGAUCGGUGUCGGGGCGAUGACCUGGUCUCCGCUCGCUUGUGGAUUAAUCACAGGGAAGUACAGCGACGGCGUACCGGAGUGCUCCAGAGCAGCGAUGAAGGGAUACCAGUGGCUGAAGGAGCGAGUGAACAGCGAGGAGGGCCGCAGGCAGCUCGCAAAAAUCAAGGAGCUCCAUCUACUGGCGGACAGACUGGGCUGCACUGCUGCACAGUUAGCCAUCGCCUGGUGUCUUCGCAGCGAGGGAGUCAGCUCAGUUCUUCUGGGAGUUUCUAAUACAGAACAGCUACUUGAGAACCUGGGUGCCCUCCGGAUUUUAUCCCAAAUGACCCCGCAAACCAUUACCGAGAUUGAUGCCCUGCUGGGAAAUAAGCCACACUCAAAGAAAGAGUCGCGCGCUUGAAGAUGCACAUCUGAGUGACAGAUGAUGUUUCGAGAGGAUGAAGACGACAGCGACUUCGGGGGGGAACAUCACUUUUCGCUCUGCUCUGCACUCAACAACUUGCAUGUCUUCAGCAACAUUAUGCUUCCAGUAUGUGCGCAUAUCCAUUUUGCGCAGAACAUUGUAUCAUGUAUGAAAAAAAAAAUGAGAAAAUCUUUCAAUUUGUGAAGAAAAGAAAAAAGGGUCAUAUAUUGCUCACUGCCGAUGGUUCACAGAAUAAUUAUUUCUCCGGAGGGGGAGGCGAAAACUUGGUCGGAGUGACGGGUCUCUGCAAUCAAUAGAGACCAAUAGAGGAUGACAGAUUUUCAACUGAUCUGACUUGUGAUUAUGAAAAUGUGGGGGAAAAAACACACACCUUUGCGCUCUAAUGAGACUUUGAAAGGUGCUUACAUCGGACGUCUGAGUCUCCUCCCCUCGCAGCUGCCUGUUGUUCUGUGUGAUGUUUAGUCCCCAGCAGCCAACGGUUAGAACUCGUGUGUCUGGCCAAACAUUUCCAAUAGUGUGCAUGUGACUGGUCUGCCACGCUCACUGCUUUACAGGGUUGGGAACAAUGGAUUACUUGUUGAGUCUUUGCAGUGAUCUGUCUGUUGGAAAAAAAGAAGUCCUAAUCUAGUGCGGAAUCGCUAUCAGAUCACAUGCUUUAGAAAAUAAAGCCAAUUAGUUUAAUGCUCCAAGACAGACAGCUUUUACAUACACUGAUCAUUUUUGUCACAAAUGACCUGAUCCAAAUCAACUAAACGGACCACAGCUAGGUCGGCCUUUACAUACAAGUAUCUGACAGUUAUUUACAACUUGCGGUUGUCACUCGAGAAUCAAUAGCGGGUGAGAUUUUGAAAGCCACUUUCCCAACCCUGCUGCUUUCUCUGCAGUCUUUUUGCCUCCUCUGUUUGUAAACUGUGCGCAUGUCCCUUUAAGAGAGAAUAGCCCUAACAGGGUGUAAAUGUGGCAUGGCUUUUAUGGCUUAUGUAGAUUUGCAUUGCCCUUGUAAGCCUUUUUUUUUUUCUUUUUUCUUUUUUUAAAUCUAAAUGGUCUGGCAGUUUGAUCCAGGUGGAUACUUUUGCUUUUACGACUCCGCAGUCUGCAGACACAGCUGUUGUGUCCAUCUGACGUAUAAUCUUUGUAUUGUCCUAAACUGUAUGAAAAAAAAAAGAAGAUGUUGAUGCACACACUUCCAGCGAUGCCGUCCUUGUGAAGAGCAUCGCUGUUCGUAAAUCAGAGGUUUGAGAGGGUUGGACUGUUUGGAGAGGUCACUGAGCAUCUGACACAAAGAUCUGGACCUGCGCUGUUGUGAACUAUUCCGUUUUCAAAUGAUGGGACAUGAGUGAUGCGUCUCAGUUCAUCAAAUACCACAACUCUUGCCACAGGUCACUUUGGGUGAGAUUUAGCAAAUGUAACUUUGUUUUUGUUUUUGUGGAAGUCUAAAAAUAUAGCUUCUCUGCUCAUUUCUCUGGGAGCUCUCUCUCUCUCUCUCUCUCUCUCUCUCUCUAUCUAUCAUAUGUUCCCUUUAUUCUUGCACACAUGCACAAUUCAUUUUAUACUGUGCAUCCUGUGUCUUUUCCCAUUAUUUCGUAUUGUUUUUCUGUAUUUUGUAACGUGACGGGGGGAUUUGUUCCUUUUGUGAUUUCCCAGGAAAACAGCACUAUUCUCCCCGGGGCAGGGUGCGUUUGGACGUGAUGUUGUUUUAGUCGGCUCAAGGUUACAUUGUACUGUAAAUAGGCUCAUCUGUUUUGCAGUGAGAUAAGAGAUGGUUCAAUUUAUGUGGAGUCGCUGGAACGGUGCUCCCCUGUGUGACUGUGAUGAUGUGCAAUUCGACUGAGUGUAGCUCCCAGUGUACAUAGAUACUUCAAUCAAACCUUGAACAAUGUAACUCUGCCUGCAUAGCUUAUAUUUUACUGUCUUGCAAACAAAGAGAAACCAAAAGAGAGAAGAGACAACUCAUACUGAAUGUAUCACGUCUGUCGCCCCUACAGUAUCUAACCUAAAGGGACAAUGCACAUACCAGGUUUUUGACGCGAUCUCCUUUUUGUCUUUGAAGCCGUUUCAUAAAAAGCUGCAGAGCUCUCAUGAAAACUUACAUUGUGAUUCAGAGAACAACAAAAAAGAAGGUUAUUUCACAGAAGCGUCGUCCUCAAACACCAUUCUGAGUCCAAAUGCGCUCACAUGUUUGUAGAGAGUCAGAUCAGAUUUUGUAUUGACUAUUCAUAACCAUGGACAUAUUUGCCGAAACAGGCCUAACCAUAGCUGUUAUGUUGAACAUUAACAUUAGCUUCUAUGUUAACAUUUGGAAUAAACUGUCUGUUUGAGUACAUGCACAGGGAUAUUUUAUGAGCUACAUAUAUAAACAACGUAUCCCAAACAGAAGAAAAGAUAUGGGUUGAUGCUCAUAAAGGAAGUUGCAGGAUUAUGAUCUCA